ACAUAUUCGGAACAAUUCAAAAAAUUAGAUAUUUGGUAUGAACAUCGUCUUAUUGACGAUAUGGUAGCACAGGUACUCAAAGGAAGUGGUGGUGUCAUUUGGGCGUGUAAAAAUUACGAUGGUGAUGUGCAGUCUGAUAUCGUUGCACAAGGUUUUGGUUCACUUGGCCUAAUGACAUCGGUGCUGAUGUGCCCUGAUGGUAAAACAAUAGAGGCGGAAGCAGCGCACGGUACAGUCACCAGACAUUACAGAGAAUAUCAAAAGGUUUUGUGGUUCAUUUGA